CCUGUGGUCAGCACAGUUCACUGGAAGCAGCCACAGACAGACGGACGGACGGAUGGACGAAUGACUCUGCUGAAAAAUGUGACUUUUUACAUCACUUUACUUUUAAUCGCAAAUCCUCACCGCCUUUGGGUUCCACAUUUACAUUUAUAUUUUUAGUCUGUCCCGGUGGUUGUACAGUGGCCUGGAGUUUUGAAAAUGACUCGUUUUCAGGCUAAUUUUUUUUUUCUGUCUCAAGCGGGAAGAAGCUAUUCUGCAUCAACGUGACAAAUCUGGCCUGGAGGAGAAGCUCCAGACUAAAAGCCAGUUAUUUAUUUAUUUAUUUUUCAACAUACGUCAGAUGUAAAAAGUCAGAUUUUUAAAACUGCAGAUAUAUUUUCCUCUCUCUCUCUCUCUUUCUAUCACUUUAUGACUCUCUCCCUUCCUCUCUCUCUGUUUAUGGCUGCUAACCAAAUGAAAUUGAAGCCACUGACCACAGCUUUACCUCCCCUCACCCUCCCUCACCCCUCCCUCCCUUUACUUCCCUUCCCACACACACACAAACACUGAUGUUUUUGUCUCCAAUCUGUCAUGUACCUCCUGUUUCCUCUGAGCUCGCUGUGUAACAGACCGUCACUAACGAAUGGGGGGAAAUGUUUAACAGUCUGUAGUCGGUGAGGAGAAAAAGACAAUCUUAAUGUCAGACUGAAAACUGCAGUAAUGUGUGGUGAUUGGUGUGGAUGGAUUAGUUUGGUGUAGUGAGAAUGACAGAGACCCAAGGCCAUGUCCACAUCAGUGUUUAGUGAUCAUCUUUGUCUGCCUGGUUUAUUCAAAGCAGAAAUGAAAAACUGAAUUCAAUGAUUGAAGAUUUGAUCUAAAGAAAAUGUCCAUCACAUUAUCCUAAAGCACAAGGUGAACAUUAAAAUGUCCUUAAAAAUACAGAGCUCAUCACAGAAAACCCUCUUAAUUAAGGACACUUUUACACCUAAACUUGUUUGGUCUGGACCAAAAGAGGUAGUCUAGGUCUGCAUCAAACUGAACCAUGGUUUGCUUCGUUCGUGGUGUGAAAACACCUUUUUUGGAUGGUUCGAACUUUGAGACCAAUCACAGGACGUUGAGUCAGGAUAGCACAUGAGGAGGAAAUGAAAUGGUAAUUUUCUGAGAUGACAACAGGGAAACAGCCUGAGAACAGAUCUCAAGAUAUUCUGCUUCAGAUUUUGGAGAAAAAAAUAGAUGUAAGGUCACCUCCAAUGUCGAACUUGUUGUAAACUACAGAUAAGACCACGAUAAAAACUUGACAGAUUGGAUUCCUGCUCUUUCAACCAGGACGAUUUGUUUUUUGAUUGAUCAUGAAGCUGCUGCAGGUGUUGACGUUCUCAUCCUGUAAGGGUCUAUUUUUUUUAACAUUUAUCCCCUGACUCUUUCCGUGAUAUCUUAUUUAAUGUUUCAGUUUGUAAAACAGUGAUAUAUGCUCUAUGUCAGUAUUGGCCAUAUUUCUAUCCGUCCAACUGAAUUCUUAACUAGAUGGUGUCAAUAAUCAUAGUCUUGUUGUUAAUCAAUGAAAAGAGGAGAAAAAAGAAGAAAUGUAACUGUUGCUGUAACUGUUGAGUUUCAGUGUUAAUAGCCAAUGUUCAGAAAAUGAAUUAGAGGAUCAGAAUCAGAGUGGACAAGGAAAAUUAAAGAAAACAGGGUUUCAUGGGUAGAAAGAGACAAUGUUCACACACAUCAAUUCUCAUUUAAUAUCAUUUCAGUCUGACUUCUAAGGGUCUUUUCAUACAUUUUGUAUGAGGUUGACAUGACAGUUUGGAGAGGAAAGCCCUCUAAUAGGCUCUCCCCAACUUCACAGCACUUUGUGUUGAGGAAAAGGCCUCGGUCUCUCUGAGUGCUGUUUCCUCCUGUUUGUUUAUUUUGGUUGUUUCUUAACAGGUUGCAUGCUACUGGAUGAGAAAGAUAAGUCACGUGACAUCAAACUAAAAAACCAAAGUGAUGCAUGUGACAGACGAACACACAACCACUGAAACAAUAGCUCAACAACCAAUUAAAUCCCAUUUCCUUUCACUCCUCUGUUUUCAAUAAAACUGUGGUGUAGAGAAGAGAGAUGCUGAAGCCAAUAAAUUAACAAAGAAAGCUGCCUAUAGAGAUUAGUUUUUAUUUUAUUUUAUUUUCCCUCAGUCUGUUUGCGUUUCUGUGCAUGAAGCUGCAUGUGACAGAUAUAUUGAUAUGGGUUGUCAAAGGCUGUGAUUUGAGGCAAUGGAGAAGAUAAUAAGAUAAUAUCCCAAAUUAUGAGAAGAAAAUUCAGCUCUGUGAUUGGAUGUUUCUUGCUGCGACGUGCGUUCACACGUUUACAACCUCAGACUUUGUCCCCCAGAACCAGAUAUUUUCUAAAGCAGCUGUUCACCCUUUGAACUGUUGAAGUUUCAUCCUGAUCCACUGUGAGUCUCCCAACAUCAUUUAUAGAGAAAAAUUAGUUGGACUUUCACUUCCUGGACCAGCCUGAGAAGAAUCUUCUUUUCUUUUUUUCCUGUCUCAUGUUGCCUCUGUAUCGCAGCCUUUGAAUGCUGAUAAAGUGUCUUAGUUAGAAACAUAUUUUAUCUUAGCUUUGGAGAUUUUGAUAAUGUCCUAGUUAACAUAAAGCGAUUUAGCUUCAGACAAUCCAGAAUUCAAACUGCAGUGAUGUCAAAACCACCUGGACCACGAUUGGUUGACCCCACCUCUUUGUGCUGACAGGACAAGACGAGCGCGCUCAGUCUGAGCAACGUGGCGGGAGUGUUUUACAUUCUGAUCGGCGGGCUGGGGCUAGCCAUGCUCGUGGCUCUGGUCGAGUUCUGCUAUAAGUCACGGAUCGAGUCGAGAAGGAUGAAGGAGCUGAUUGAUGCUGCUAUGAUGAGCACCAGCCUCGGGGGGAUGGCGGGAGGAGCAGGAGGAGGAGGAGGCGGUGGCAUGGCGGUGAUGGGAGGUUUAGGAGGAGGAGGAGCGUCGGGACUCGGAGGAGAGAACGGUCGCGUGGUGGCGCACGAUUUCCCAAAAGCCGGAGCUCAGGGUUUACCCUGCAUGAGCAAGGCUGCCGGGCUGGGACUGUCCUCCACGGGCAUGUGAUCAAAACUGAGGCUCCUGAUUGGACGGAACGCUCCUGUCUGUCUGUUUACCUGUCCGUCUGUAGGUGAGGGAGGAGAGAUGAAGGGAGGGAGGAAAGAUGGGAGGUGGAGAAAGAAUGGAGGAUAAAAGGAGAGGAGGAGAAUGGGGAGAGAUGAAGAAAGAAAGGAGAGAUAGGAGGUGAUAGAAGAAACAAGAGGGAUGGAUGGAGAAGAAAGACACAAAAAGAGAAAGGAAGAAUAAAAUAAAGGGAGAGGAAGAUGAGGGACAGAGAGAAGAGAGGAUGGAGGGAGGAGAGAGAAGAAAGAUGAGAGAAUAUUUGAGGAAAGGAGAGAAAAGAAAAGUGGGAGAAUAGCAGAUGAUGGAGAAGAAAGACGAAGAAGAAACAAAGAAAGUUGGAAAGAAUAAGACAGGAGGAGAAAAGAAUGAAGGAAGAGAGAAAGAAGAAAUGAUGUAAGGAAGGGAAAGAGGAUACGGAAGGGAGGAAAGGAAGAAAAGACACGAAGGAAAAGAAAGAAAGGGAAGGAUUUGAAAAACUAGAGAAAGAAGAAAAGAUGAACGAAGAAGAAGUGCGACAGGCUGACAGAGGGAGGAGCGUUCACGUUCACCCUGACUGGACUCAAUACGACAGAACUCUGAUGACCAGAGAGCACCUGAACGCAACACCUGAGCUCCUGCGAGACGAGAAACUGGGCUUAAAAACUGAAACUCUACUUUUUCUAUGAGCGCUGUCUUAAAUUCAACUCCUCCUCUUCUGCAAUAAUAGAAUCUGAGGCGGGGGGAGGGAAACAGGGGAGGGGAGAUUUUUUUAACUUCUUACAAACUGAAUUAAUGCAGCCUCUUCUUCCCCUUCCUCUUUCUCAUCCCUUCCUUCACUCCUCCUCCUCCAGCAGUAACACUGAAAGCUUCGUCACGUUCGCACAAAACGCCACCUUGAUAUCAGAGAGUUUGAGCAUGUCAACGUUUUAAACCAUUUUACUAGAAACACAGAUGACGUACGAGGAUGGAGGUCACAUGAUUCAUUUUGUGCACAAAAAGCUUUUUUUUUUUUUGGUUGCCAUUGUAAAUUUAUUCUGUGGCGAAUGUACGAUGAUGUGAUGUUGAUGUUAGAGUCUGAGCUAACGUGCUCAAAUCUUUUGUUUUGGCCAAAGAAAAAGUGAAAAUUGUCACAUUAGAGGAGUGGGAACAAGCUAACUUUUGCUUCAACAAUGAUUAAAACAAAUAUUCAAUUAUUAAAAUAAAUUUUCUGUUGAUCAGUUAAUCAACUCAUGUUUUCAUCUACGAUUUAAAAUACAGCCAGUGAUUCACAGUGUUAAAUAUGUUGUAUGAUUCAGGUACAUUAAUACGGAGUGGUCAUAUCAUUUUUUUUUUCCUAAAGACAAACAAAAAGAUAAAAUGUGCUAAUGAAUUAAUCAAAAUGUGCACGAGAUACAGUUCAUUCCCAUGUUUUACUAAAUUCUUGCACACAAGAUAAAUGCAUAUAUAUAGAGAGACAGCCACAAAUUACCUUAAAUGUUUGAAAAAAUUAAGCAAAGCAUGCAAACAAAAUAGUAAAACAUGGAAUAAUUUGUUAAAGCGUGCAAAUAAAAAUUGAAAAAUGCACAAAUUAGUUAAAAUGUGAGCAUGAAUUAGUUAAAACCUGGGAAUCAAUUGUAUUUUUUUAAUUGUAUUUUUUACAGCUUCUUAAAUUAAAAAUAUAAGUAAGAAGUAACUUUUCCACAUUUAAAUGUCUUAAAAAACAGACCUGAGUUAUAUAUUUUGAGUUGUGUUCUGACAUUAUCCCAAAUGUUUCCAGACGUUUUCAAACCAAGAGAAUUUUUAAUCAAGCUGAUGUUUCUUUUGGUCUCCUGUAGAGGGCGUCACAUCCCCUUUGAGCAAAAUAUACAUUCAUUCAUUUUCAAACUGCACUUUUUAGAUUUUGGUUGUUUAUAACUUUAUAUUAUCCAGAUGGUUGAUUUUAGUCGCUGGUCUGUUUGUUUUAGAGAGGAGGAGAAUUCAGCUCCUGGUAAAUUGUUUUGAUUAAGAGCCCCCUAGUGGUGGAAAAUGACAUAUUGUGUGUUUAAAUGUAGGCGCAGUGGUAGAAAAGAAACUAUGGAGUGUAAUGGAUUUCACAGGGGAGCGCAGACAAUAUAAGCUGAUAGUCUUUGGACUGACUGCAGCAUAAGGUGUUAAUUGUUGUUACAGUAAAAAACAAACACUCAUCAGGUGAUUUGAUCCCCAUUGUCUUGUUUUCUGCCUGUGUACCAACAUUAAAGAAGGAACCGGUAAAUAUUCGACUGGUACGUGGUUCAUAGAACAAAAUUACACUGUAAUUCACCAGCUGUGUUUAAGAUAAUGUUAUGUCACAUCUGGGGAGAAAAAAUAUUGCAAAUAAAUAAAACACAAGUAGACAGAGAAACACAAUCUUCACCACUUUGACAACACACAUCCAGCACAAAGAAACACAAGUUUUUAUCACUGAAAGAAAAAAAUUACUGGUUUUCUUUUGUUCUGUUUGACUUUCAGCUUUUCUGAUUUAGUUUUUUUAUUUCUCUCUGUGUUGUCAGUGUUUUUUCAUGUGCUUUCUUCAGUUGCAGAUGAAAACACCAAAUGUCACAGUGAUGAAAUCUGUUUUAGUGAACUUAAACUGUCUUUUCAAACAGCAGAUUUACCACUGGAUGACACAUUAUACUGUUUAUAUUGCUUGGUUAAUUUACAGGGGAGAAUACCUUUAGGGUGAAUAUUCCUUUAAAGUGGAGGUUAAGUGGCAUUCACAUGUUUACUGGUUAAUGGAAAUCUGCUCCACCCUGAGUUUUUACAAAGCCGACCCUGUCCAAAAUAUCCUCAAAAAUGUUGGUGUGCGCUGUGAUAAUCAAACAGCUGCCUGUUGAGGUUGGUCACAUGUUUCUGCGUCUCUCUCCUGUAUUUUCUCCUGUGUUUUCUGGGCUGAACACAAUGACUAAUAACUUUUUUAUACUCUGAAACUGAACAAAUAUCAGGAAAAAUAUGUUUCACAUUUGUAAUGAUAUGAAUGAUACAUGUGCUGAGCUACACCUGUAAAUAAUGUUCUUUUUAAUUGAUUUAUGAGUUUAUAAUCUUUUGAUUUUGUUGAUUACAUUCAGAUCAGUAACUCUAUUUAAUAAAAACUCUUACAUUA